UUUAAGACAUUUCUCCAAGUAAAGAGGGAGCCAGAGAGAGAGUGGUCUAUAAAUAGCUAUUAAGAGUUAAGAGUCAGGACAUGACAUCUGCUGUAGGUAGAGAGGAAGAGUGGGAUAAGUUUGUCAAUGACGAUGGAAGGAGACAUCGAUAAUCUCCCGAAGAACGACGCCAACUACACAGCCCUAACCCCACUCUGGUUCCUGGAGAGAGCUGCUUUGGUUCAUCCUCAGAGGAAAUCGGUCAUUCAUGGAUCGUUGCAGUACACGUGGCUUCAGACUUAUCAGCGCUGUCGACGCAUGGCCUCCGCUCUUUCCAAGCACUCAAUCGGCCUUGGGAAGACUGUAGCUGUAAUUGCACCAAAUAUACCAGCCAUUUAUGAGGCUCAUUUUGGAGUUCCAAUGGCUGGGGCUGUGGUGAACUGUGUCAAUAUUCGCCUAAAUGCACCAACUGUUGCUUUUCUUCUGGGGCAUUCAUCUGCUGCAGUUGUAAUGGUGGACCAAGAGUAUUUUACCUUAGCAGAGGAAGCCUUGAAGAUAGUAGCAAGCAAGAGCAAUGGUAACUUUAAGCCUCCACUUAUGAUUGUCAUUGGUGAUGAAAACUGCAAUCCUAGGGCACUUAAAUAUGCUCUAGAUAAAGGGGCCAUUGAAUAUGAGAAGUUUCUGGAAACUGGUGAUCCAGAAUUUCCUUGGAAGCCACCAAAGGAUGAGUGGCAGAGCAUUGCUUUGGGUUAUACUUCUGGGACAACAUCCAGCCCAAAAGGGGUUGUAUUGAGCCAUCGAGGGGCAUAUGUGAUGGCUCUGUCUGAUUGUAUUGUAUGGGGGAUGAAUGAAGGAGCUAUAUACCUCUGGACUCUUCCCAUGUUUCACUGCAAUGGUUGGUGUUUCACUUGGGCACUUGCAGCUCUCUGUGGGACAAGCAUCUGCCUUCGUCAGGUGACUGCCAAAGCUGUCUACUCAGCCAUAGCCAACCAAGGAGUUACCCACUUCUGUGCUGCACCGGUGGUUCUCAACACCUUAGUCAAUGCCCCUGAAAAGGAGACCAUUCUCCCACUUCCCCGACUUGUCCAUGUGAUGACAGCGGGCGCAGCUCCACCUCCAUCUGUGCUGUUUGCCAUGUCCCAGCGCGGAUUUCGUGUCACCCACACAUAUGGCCUCUCUGAGACCUAUGGCCCAUCCACCAUAUGUGCAUGGAAGCCCGAAUGGGACACCCUCCCCCCUGAAACACAAGCUCGCCUCAACGCCCGUCAGGGUGUCCGCUACGUUGGCCUAGAGGGCCUGGAUGUUGUUGACCUAAAAACCAUGGCACCUGUACCCGCUGAUGGUACUAGCAUUGGAGAAAUUGUCAUGCGUGGGAAUGCCAUAAUGAAGGGCUACUUAAAGAACCCCAAGGCCAAUGAAGAGGCUUUUCAUGGCGGGUGGUACCAUUCUGGGGAUCUUGGUGUUAAGCACCCAGAUGGCUACAUCGAGAUCAAAGACAGAGCCAAGGACAUCAUUAUAUCUGGAGGCGAAAACAUCAGUAGCUUGGAGGUGGAGAGCGCUUUAUACCACCAUCCUGCAGUCCUGGAGGCGUCUGUGGUGGCCAGGCCAGACGAGAGGUGGGGGGAGUCGCCCUGUGCCUUCAUAACACUAAAGCCGGGUUUUGAUGAUUCAGACCAUCAGCGUUUGGCUGAGGAUAUAAUGAAGUUCUGCAAGCAGAAACUUCCUGCUUAUUGGGUUCCAAAGUCUGUAGUUUUUGGGCCUCUGCCCAAGACGGCCACUGGGAAGAUACAGAAGCAUCUGCUGAGAGCGAAAGCCAAGGAGAUGGGCCCCGUCAAGAAGAGUAGACUGUGACCUCUGCAUUCGCAUUGCAACAUCAGGAAUUCAGGAGUGUAUCAAUGCUACUGGCUUAACAGCUGAAAGCCUGAAAGGAUACAAUGUUACAUUGUAAUAAGAUAGUAGGGUACGAUUCUAAGACGAUAUGGUUUAGGUUUUCACUGUAUUUUUUAUCACGUGGUUAAAUCUUAGUUCGCAUGCAUAUAUAGUAAGUGGUGACAGAACUUUGUGCAAAGUUUCAACUUCUACUUACAGAGAUGGUUAUUUGUGGCUUA